UUGGUUUAGAGAUACCACUACUGGUAUGUGAAUACCAGUAGUGAAAUACAUUUGACCAAAGGAUUCCACUACUGAUAUUUUAAUACCGGUAGUGAAAAGUUCAUAGACAAGAGAUUUCACUACUGGCUUUCUUAAAUCAGUAGUGAAAAGUAAACACGGUGGCAAUGUCGUAAUUACAUUAAAAUUUGUUUUAAUUAUAUUUCACUACCGAUCUGGGAUUCACCGGUAGUGAAAUCCCUAUUAGUGUUAUUAAUUUUUUCAUAUUAUCAUUCAUUCCCAAUUAUCCCUAAUUUUGUUCAUUUGUUCAUACGUACGCGAAGAAGCUGCAACGAUCUAAACCUCCGAUCGUCCCAAUCAUCCCAGUUCCUCAAAUCGUCCCAAUUUCUUCAAAUCAAACACUCCUGCGCCAAAUCCCAAUCAUUCUCCAAUCUCUCCAUUCUCCAAUCUCCAAUUUCAUUCGGUUUCAUUCUCCAAACCCUAGACGGCCGACGACCCUGCAGAACGCUUAAUCGCCUCCAAAUCUCUUCGUUUUCAUUCGGUAAAGGUAUGAAUAAAUCAAACUUCCCCCAAAUUUCAUUCGUUUUCGUUUUCAUUCGUUUUCAUUCUUGUUCAUUCGUUUUCAUUCGCUUGGGUUUUCAUUCGUUUUCAUUCACGUCGUUUUCGAGAUUACGAGAGACCUGUGGUGGUGUGUUUUUUAUGGCCCUUUGUGUGUUGUUCUUUGGGGUCGUUGCUGCUGUGCCUAUGUGUUUUUUUUUUUUUUUUUUCUUUCCUUUUUGUGUGGGUCUGUGAUGUUCUGCUUCUUCUGCUGUAAGAUGGAUUAAAUCUCAUUAUAGCUUAUUUAAUAGGGACAACUUUAGAUGUAAAUUACCUAAACUGAUGGAAUAGGUUGUACAUGAUUAUUAGCUGAUAGAAAUGAGUCAAAUUGCAAUUUUACUAGGGACAUGAGUGCAGUGUUGGCUAAGGAGUGAAAACUCAAGGUGACCAAGUUUGAUGUAGUUAGAAUAGUAAGGGAAAAUAUGGAGAUGGUCAAGAGGGUUUUGGUAUGAGCCUAAGAUAGCUGAGUAGUGUCUCUCCAAAUACCCUUCAGCUUCACCACAUAGCCUUAUAAGAUGGGAUCUUUUUUCUUGCAAUGUUUCGGUGAAAAGCAUGUCGACAUUUUUGCUAGGUUUGAGAGAUUCAAGACUUGAAAUUUGUUCAUACAAAUUAAAAACUUAUAUUUGGAGGAACAUGUGUGGGAAGUUCAGGGACAUGAUUUUUGGAUGUAACAUGAUUUGGGGGAAGUCAAAUAGAUGAAUAAGAGAGGAACAAAAGAAAAAAUAUAUUUAGUUGUUAGAAAGAAUGCAGAAUGGACUAAUGUAGCGUAGGUCUUGAUGCAGUUGAGGAUUUGGGGUUGCCAUCUUUCAGGAAGUAAUCCUAGUCUUCUUUCAUAAUUGAGUUAUUUUGCUGUUAAGUUUGUGUUUCUCUAAAUGCAUGUACUAUGUUCUUUCAUUUGGCUUUGUUUGUAGGGGGGGAGAGAAAUACGGAUUAUAGAAAAAUAUAUGUUGCUUUGAUUUUGAAAUUGGGUUUGUGAGGUCAUUGUAGAUAAAUCAGUGAUGAGGUGUUAAAAGAGUACGUAGUAAAAUAUAGUUGUAUGAUUCUAGUGGACGGUGCUGCUAGAAUUCAUUUUCUACCAGAAAUAAAGAAAUAGGAAAUCCUUCUCAGUUGGGAGAAUCAACUCUACAGCUUCGGAAAAUUAGCCGAACAUAUUUAGUUUACUUUGAAGUUUUUUUCCCAAAUGCCUAUUGCAUUGACCACUUUUCAAAACAAGAAUGCAGUGUUCUGCAGGUAGCUGGACUAACAGUACUAGGAUUCUCCCAUUGAAUGAAGUGAUCACGAAAGCUGCCGCAUUGACAGAAGGAAGGAGAUCUGAUUUUUUUAAUCACUCUGCUGUUGACAGUCUUUCUGCUCUAGCAUGGAUUGCAUUUACUGGGAAGGGUUGUGGUAUGAGUAUGCCUGUUGCACAUGUGGAAGAAAGUUGGCAAAUGGAUGAGUUUUAUAGCAACAAGGUACUUGUAGAGCUUUCAUGCAUUAGGCCCUGUAUGGAGUCAAACAGGAAAAGUGAUUGCUCAACUUGGUCUGUUCACAAAUUUGGAGGGACAUGUGUGGGAAGUUCAGUGAGAAUAAAUAAUGUUGCAGAUGUAAUAAUCAAUGAUGAUUCUGAGAGAAAAUUAGUGGUAGUAUCUGCUAUGUCAAAAGUAACAGAUAUGAUGUAUGAACUCAUUAACAAAGCUCAAUCUCAGGAUAAGUCUUAUAUAUCUGCACUUAAUGCUGUUGCUGAGAAGCAUAGUUUAACUGCACAUGAAUUGUUUGAUGGAAAUGAUCUUGCUACUUUCUUAUCUAAUUUGCAUCAAGAUGUUGGAAAUUUAAAGGCAAUGCUUCAAGCUAUAGAUAUAACUCACCAGAUAAACUUUUAACUGCAGUUGUUGUGGUUAUUGGUUGCUAGUGCAACUGAUUUUUAACAUAUAGCUUUAGCACUAGCAGCAAUGGCUCAUUCUUUGGGGUCUGUGAUGAAAUUUGGUCAUGUUACAAAACUACACACCACUACUAAUAUGCAGGCACAGGAUGCUACAAAAAAACGAAAAAAAAAAAUAAAAUAAAACUAACAUACCACUACUGAUAUUUAUAACAAUCAGUAGUGA